UAACUCUACUCACCUGAGUCAGCAUCCAGACUUAUUCCGUAUUUUGAAGGCCGAUGCCUAUCCCAUUGCUUUUCCAAGACAUGGCUGUUAGAGUGAAUUGUUAUUUUGCAAAUAUUAUCUUUGGGGCAGUGCUCGGCUUGAUCUGUGAUGAGUAUUCCAUGUUCAGCUUGACUAAAUUGUUCCUUACAGUCCAAUAUAUGUUUCUGAGCAGCUUGGGCUCCUAUGGUUGCUGGAUUUUCUUGCUCUUGCUCUCUGCUUAUCAAAUUGCAUUACAUGGUUCUGCUUGGUAGAUUUGCAUUUUCUUUUCAUUACCAGUUGGAUUUUUCAUAUUUCUCAGGACUUCACUUUAUCAAUUUCAGCUGUGGAUGGAAUCAACAUUUUUAACUCAGCCAUUCUCUGUUUUCUUUAUUGAAGUUGAUGCAUGUGAAACAAAUCGUUUAUGCAAAUGUUACUUCUCUAGAAGGAAAAUUUAUGUUGUUCAAAAUGUUGUUGAGAAAUCAUUUAAGCUUCUGAUAUUCAUUGUUAUUGCUGAAAACGAGAAAGCUUCUUUGAGUUUCAGGUGCCAGGCUAAACAAAUAGCUUCAGAUGGGAUAGCUCUUUCAUUCUUGUGCAGGUUGUUUUAUAAGCUUAAGGAGCAGCUUCAGGGUUAUUGCGCAAUCUGGAUUGCAACUCUUAACACAAAUUCUGCUCUAUGUACUGCUCCUUGGCUUCUUUCCUCUGUUCAAAAUUUGGAAGGGUGCAAUGCAGUUAAGCUGUGCUUUAAAUCUUCCUAUAUUUUGUAUCAGUCUGGGUUACCGUGCUUCUACCAUUUUCAUCAUUGCUGCUUUCUACAUGUAUAUGUUCCCUAUUUUGGGUUUAGUCUCCUGUUAGCUAUUCAGCUUUUACUUUUCUUUGUUGUACUUGUAAAUCAGCAUUUUGGAUUGUAUAUUCAACUGUUAUGGCGCCCUUUUGGUUGAAGUAAUACUGGUUUGAUCUUUUCAAAAAAAAAAAUGUCAAAUAUAUAAGUAUAUAUA